ACAGACUGUGGUGGAGGUAGAUAUAGAGACCGUGUAAGCCUCUAAGGGGCUACUUGGUGCCCGUUACAGGGAAGAAGAGCACCCAGAAUGAACAGGAGUCACGUAGGUCCCUUUCAUACAGGACGCUGGAGAUAUGAUCAGACCUGGCACAGUCUGGAAUAAUCUGGAGCCGGUCGCAUUGCACACCGCGUCUCCUAGUGCAGCAACCCAGUGAGCUCUAUCCCAUGUAGUGCCCGUUACAGACAAUGACAUUGAGCCUUAGAGAGAGUCACCCAGGGGAGCAACCAGCUAGGGUCCACUGUGACCCUGGGGUUUGGAGGUGACCGGCUGGAGGAGAUGAGGCUGGAGAUGUGCACAAGGCAGGGUCUUCAUGCGGGUGGUGCAGCUUGAGCAGCCGCGCCGUUCUCUCACCCUGGCCCCCCUUCCAGCGCGCAGUCAGGGGGAGUGGGUGCAGGCCCCUGCAACUGAGGUAUAUGGGGUGAAGAUGGGCUUUGCAAAAUGGGGAGAUGACCUUCUGUUUCCUUUCCCAGAACGGAACAGCAGAGGGGCCUCCUGUUAUUAUUUCUGGGGGUACAGCUGCUGCUUAUGGGGGCAUUCCUCUACCAGAACCACCACCACCACCACAGCCUUGCCUCCUUCUUGUGUGUCCUGAGACGGGACAGGCCAGCGGUGGGAGAAGAGUUGCCCUUUUUGGUCUCGGUCUCCUCUGCAGGGACCUCUUCCCAGGAUGUAUACGCCAACCUCAGCCAGAUCCACCCUGUGGACCGUAGGAAGGAGGACCUGCCCAGCUGCCCCCUCAUCUCCCCCUACAUGAAUGGCCCCUUGAGGGUGAUGAUCCCAGAGAACCUGACGAUGGAGCAGGUGGUGGAGAAGAACCUGCUGGUGGAGCUGGGAGGCCAGUACCGGCCUCCUGACUGCUGGACAUGACACCACACGGCGGUCGCGGUGCCCUACUAUGGGCAAGACCAGCACCUGCAGCACCUGCUCUUCCACCUGCACCCCUUCCUGCAGCGCCA